AUGACAUGGCAUCUNAGUCAACGCAAGCAAGAUGAACGUGCCGCGCGUAUAGCAAAUCUGCCUCAGUCUUAUCAAUCCCCCAUCUCAUCUUCCGAACGCUCCAUCCUGGAUACACCCAUCGAGGAACUGGUUGAAGAUGUCCAGAAUUCCAUCAAGUCACCUAUCGAUGUGCUUCGCGCUUAUGGCAAAGCAGCUGUCAAAGCACAGAACGCUACUAAUUGUGUGACGGAGAUUAUGUUUCCCGAUGCAGAAACUUGGAUCAGCAAUGGUGGGGUCAAUCUCAAAGGCCCUCUUGCUGGUAUACCUAUAAGUCUCAAGGACUCGAUUGUCGUGGGUGGCUUCGAUGCCAGUGUCGGAUAUUCUGGAAAGUGCUUCAAACCGUGGGCCAAAGACGGCGCUAUGGUGAGACUUCUCAAAGAUGCGGGUGCGGUGCCUUUUGUCAAGACUGCGUUACCGAUUACUUUGCUGAGCUUUGAAUCCACCAACGAUGUCUGGGGCCGCUGCACCAAUCCUCACAACAAGAAUUACAGCCCUGGCGGCAGUACUGGAGGUGAGGGCGCCAUCUUGGCGUUCGGAGGCUCGAGGAUAGGCAUUGGAAGUGAUGUUGCUGGAUCUGUUCGCGCGCCCGCGCACUUUUCUGGUUGUUUCUCGCUCAGGUGCUCUACGGGACGAUGGCCGAAGUAUGGUGUGGACACCUCGAUGCCAGGCCAGGAAGGUAUACCCAGUGUGUUCUCGCCGAUGACAAGGACACUCUCUGAUCUGGUCUACUUCACAAGGAGUCUCAUCCAAUGUAAGCCUUGGACCUAUGAUCAAAGUGUGCAUCGACUCGCCUGGCGACAAGAAACAUACGAGGCCUUCAAAGACAAGAAGAAAUUCAGAAUCGGUGUAUUGAGGACUGACGGUGUGGUUGACCCUUCUCCUGCCUGUGCUCGCGCCUUGCAACUCAGCGUCGACGCUCUGAAGAAUCAAGGCCAUGAUGUCUUUGACCUAACUCUACCUUCCGCACCUCACGCACCCCUUGAUGCCUUGGCCAUCGCUUCCCAAUUACUCAAUGCAGAAGGCACAAGAACAUAUUCGCGUUUCUUCGCCUCCGGCGAGACCAACGAUGCAGGAGCCGCCCAACUGACUUUCUGGAUGCGCUUACCUUCUCCCCUCCGCUGGCUCUACGUCAAAUACGUUCGCUAUAUCCUCCGCGACGCUACCUGGGCCCACCUCUUAGAGUCUCUACACGAAAAAUCUGCAUAUCAAAACUGGGAACUGGUGUACCAACGCGAAAGCUUCAAGAACGUCUGGUUUGACUGGUGGAAUGGUGUCAACAGUGAUGGCAAAGGGGAGAUGGAUGUCAUGAUCACGCCACCCAACGCUACUCCUGCUGUCCCUCAUGAUGGAAUGAAAGAUGCGGUUGCUUCUUGUGGUUACACUUUCCUUUUCAACCUGUUGGACUACACUUGUGGUAUCAUUCCCGUCACCAAGGUUGAUGCUGCCAAGGACGCUCUUCCGGAGGAUUUCGUCAUCAACAAGAAUGGAGUGGCCAAGGGAGCUUAUAAACAUUACGACGCGGAUAAGAUGGCUGGAUUGCCUGUUGCUGUGCAAGUCGUGGGUAGAAGACUGGAGGAAGAGAAGGUUCUUGCUGUUAUGGAAAGAGUGGAGCAGGCGUUGGAAGAAAGUGGAACUGUUUAUGAGUUGUUGCAAGUGCCUUAG